CUCCCACACAGUCCAGCUCCCCAUGCCGCAUCGAGACGAAAGCUUCAUAGAUUAUUCUCCCCAAAGUCUCUCCCUGCCUCUCCUCCAUCUCGCGAUCGAACCCGCGCCCUCCUCUUCCUUCCCUCGCCUCCGCGCCCUCCCCUCCUCCCACUCCUCAUCUCGCGAUUAGCGAAUUCUAGGGUUUCGCGGCGGCCACCUGGAUCCAGCUCGACAAAGCGAGCUCCUCUAAAGCUUCGGAUCGCGCGAGUGAACACUGCUCACCCCCAGUUCUCCCUCCGCCUCCGCCGCCGCCACGACGACGACGAGGAGCUGCUGUGCCUGGGGUUGGAGCCUCCGCCGCCUCGUCGUUGACCACAGAUGGAGGUUUGCGGCGGAGCUGGCAUGUGCAUCUGGGAGCUAGUAGGGAAGUGAUGUCGUUUGUGUUUGUGCUUUUGCUUUUUUUCCGUGUGCGGGUGAGUGGGGGCGGCCGUGUGUUGCUGUGUCAGUCGUCGCUUUAUUUGUCUCGCUUUGUGGAUUGGUGCUUGCGGAGCUGGAAGCUCGUAGGAUUGCUUUGCUUAUUUAACCGGUAGAACUUUGGAGGCGAGAGACUGGAGACAGGAUAGGUGGGACUCAUGGUGGAUGGUUCGCUAAUUGGUGGCUGACUGGCUGUCGUACACCUGAUUGAAGAUUUCGAGGCAGGAGAUUCGGGGAAUGCGUUUUUUAAUGCAAAUUUGUUGUUUAUAUUCUGAUGUUACAACGAUUUGCUUGGGACAUGGCCCGAAGUCUGAAAUCAGCACACGAUGCGGAUAUCUGAGCCCUAAAUCUGCUUCGUUUGUGAGAUUGUGACAGUGCCAAAUACGGACGGAAUUGUCACUCUGCAAGAUGUUUUGGCACGUGCCUGGACUCUCCGCUGCAUCACCUGUGGAUACUAUUUUGGACAAGGAAAAUUUUAAGUUGGAGGAUCUUCUUGAUGAGGAUGAAAUAAUCCAGGAGUGCAAAGCACUGAAUAGCCGCCUAAUAAAUUUUUUGCGAGACAAGGUUCAAGUGGAGCAAUUGCUCCGCUACAUUGUAGAAGAGGCACCUGAAGAUGCAGAAAAGAAAAGGAUAUUUAGAUUUCCUUUUAUAGCUUGUGAAAUAUUUACUUGUGAGGUGGAUGUCAUCAUGAAGACAUUAGUGGAGGAUGAAGAUCUCAUGGAUUUACUUUUCUCCUUCCUGAAACCUGACCACCCUCAUGGUACAUUAUCGGCUGGUUACUUUGCCAAGGUAGUGAUUUGCUUGAUGCUGAGGCAGACACUCCCACUUGUUAGUUACGUGCAGGGCCAUCCUGAAAUAGUUAGCCAGCUUGUGGAUCUUAUUGGGAUUACUUCUAUCAUGGAGGUUUUGAUUCGCUUAAUUGGUGCUGAUGAAACUAUGUAUUCAAGUUAUGCGGAUUCUAUGCAGUGGUUGGAUGACGUAAAAGUCCUUGAGAUGAUUGUUGACAAGUUCAGCACAUCAGAUUCUCCUGAGGUUCAUGCAAAUGCUGCUGAAAUCCUUUGUGCAAUAACUAGAUAUGCCCCUCCAGCACUUGCUGCAAAGAUUUCCUGCCCAAGCUUUGUGGGAAGAUUAUUUCAACAUGCUUUUGAAGCUUCAAGGCCUAAAUCGGUGCUGGUCCACUCAUUGUCAGUGUGCAUAUCUUUGUUAGAUCCUAAGAGACUUGUAUCGGCUUCCUACCAGGCUUUCCAUAGUCAGUUAAGCCAUGGAACACUGGUCACUGCAAGUCCAGAAACAGUUAAUGGCAUGCUGGAUAGCCUAGGUGAUUUGUUGAAGCUGUUGGAUGUUUCAUCUGCUGAAAAUGUUCUCCCAACAACAUAUGGAAGCUUACAACCUCCUCUUGGGAAGCAUCGCUUGAAGAUUGUCAAGUUCAUCUCUGUUCUACUAUCAAUUGGUAGUGAAGCUGCUGAAAUGCGACUGAUCCAUCUAGGAGCAAUCAAGCGUGCUAUAGAUCUAUUUUUUGAGUACCCGUUUAACAACUUUUUGCACCAUCAUGUGGAGAACAUCAUCGGGUCUUGUUUAGAAAGUAAGCAAGAUCACCUGAUUGGGCAUGUUCUUGAUGAGUGUAAACUUGUUACGAGAAUUCUGGAAGCAGAGAAGUACUCUGCCCUGUCACCAGAUUUAACUAAGCAUACAUUAUCUUCAGAGGGAAAAUCUCCACCAAGGAUUGGAAUUGUUGGUCAUAUGACGCGCAUAGCUAACAAGCUCAUUCAGCUAGCCAACUCCAACAUCACAGUCCAAUCACAUUUGCAGAAUUCUGGUUGGAUCGAGUGGCAUGCCAGUAUCCUAACAAAGCGUAAUGCAUUAGAAAAUGUUUACCAAUGGGCUUGUGGUCGACCAACAUCACUGCAGGAUCGUGGUAGGGAGAGUGAUGAUGAAGACUUCCGAGAUAGGGACUACGAUGUGGCUGCACUUGCUAGUAAUUUAAGCCAGGCAUUUAAAUAUGGUAUAUACAGUAAUGAGGAUAUUGAUGAGGCCCAAGUAUCACUCGAGCGGGAUGAUGAGGAUGUAUAUUUUGAUGAUGAAUCUGCAGAGGUAGUAAUCUCCUCUCUUCGCCUUGGAGACGAACAAGACAGUAGCUCUCUCUUUACAAAUUCCAAUUGGUUUGCGCUUGACGAGGACAAAGCAUUGAAUGAUGAUCCGGUUAGCUCAGAAGCUUCUCCAUCCCCAAAUUCAGAGAAAUCUUCACCAAAAUUGGAUGACGAGACUGAUGAAGUCAUUCUUGGCGAAGUUAUAGAUGACACAAAAGGUUCUGAACCACCUUUACCAGUCUCUAACAAGGACUCAAAUGAAGAGUCUGGUCACACAGUCUUGACAAAUGGCCCUGUUGAUAAGUUGGAAGAUGACAUCAGGCCACCCACUCCUGAUGUGAAAGAGAGUCAACCUGAGUGUGUCGAAUGGAGGGAGGAGGAAGCUGAACCUGGUGAUGUUGCUGAGAAGGAUAGUGCCGUUUCUAAUUUUGAGGUUGGAAGUGAGAAGCAUCUGAAGGCCACCGAUGUUGUUAUGCCUGGUGAGGCCAAAUAUGAAGAGGAAAAGGAGAAUGAUAAUGCGUUUGGAUCUUCAUCGCCGGAGGCCACUGCAGAAGCGUUACCACUUUCACCUGAUGAUAAUUCAAUCAAGCAUCCUGAACCAGUCGAUGACAGUACUGUUUUGGAGUCUCCAGUGGACGAACAAAAUCACGAGAAAGAUGAAAAACAGGGGGAAUGAAAUGAAUUUAGGGCAGCAGAGUUUCGUUCACAUGAUGAUGGAUGGCAUAUGAUGGUGGACGUGCAGGGUGCUUGAACCAUUCUUGUUGUACAAACAGUUCGAGGGCCAUAUGUGGAUAUUUUUCUAUACAGUUCGCUAAGAUGAUCCCCACAUGCACCUUACAGAGCCUCAAAGAUUCAACUUAUCUCAUGGAGCUGCUUAGGUUUGAUUUGUAUCAUAAUUUAUUGGAGGUGUGCUGUUGCUGUGCCAGUGCCUGCAGUUUGCUGGCUACAUUGUGGCACAAAAUUCUGAAAAUAGUCAGCCUUUUUGUUCUCAACCAAUAGUGGAGGUUCUGCUUGUGUCACCGUGGUAAAUAACUGAUUUGGUGAUAUCUGGUUCCGACGCAUGUCAAUUACUGUAGGUGGUGCUAUGUGUAUGAAAAUUUUGACCCGAUUCCAGUCAGUCGAUUGUUGUUAUAUUCAGAAACUAUUCCUUUCAAUGAACUAUAAACACAAGAUAACUCCUAUUUUUUCCAGGUAUUUAAUGCAUAAAUUCAUUUUUUAUGUAUAUUUUUGUUAUCUUAAGACCAGUUUAUAGCUUA